AUGGCACAAAAUUUACCAACCGAAAUUUUAAUUCAAAUUUUGACCGAGGUUUUAGACGAGACAUGCUUUGAAUACUUUGCAUCACUUCGCAGAGUCUGUACAAAAUGGAACAAAUUAAUCCCAAUAAUCAUAAAUGAUAUUUCUACACCAAUAUUGGGUAAAAGAUUAUUGCUCACGUUUGAUAUGUACAAAUAUCAAAUCAUUAAAGCUCCGAUUUAUCAUUUCCAAACAAAUUCUUACGAAAUUUAUUUUGAUGAUAAGAGUGGAUGGCAAUUCAAACAUCCACUAGCAUAUGAUAGAACGUUGUCAUUAUUUACGUGUUCGUUGGGAAUUGGUAAAAAAACCUGUAUAACUCAAAUAUCUUUUGGACAUUUAGAAUUACCUGAAGUUCUUAAAGACAAGUUUAUUUUGAAUGGUAAGUGUGGUAUUAAUGGGUGGAUUGAGAUUUGUGAAAAGAAUUCAAGAAAAAUUGGAAGAUUGAGAGUUGAAAGCAUUAUGGUUGAUGCCAAAGAGAUUUUUAAGGUGUUGGAUGAG